AUGACCAGCUGUCUUCAUUGCAGAAAAACGCUGGAUCUUGGAUUCAUCUCUUCAGAUGAGUUCUUGGUCAAGGACAUCCAGGGAGAGGGGUUUCGCCACAUUGUGUUUGCCACCAGAUACCAACUUGAGCUCCUGUCAGAGACCAAGAUCUGGUACAUGGAUGACAUCCCUGCUGCCUUCGAGACACUGAAGGAGAGAGCCAACACCGAGCCCCUCCAGUCCCUUGUGAACUACUUCGACCGCCAGUGGAUUCACCAUGCCAUCUUCCGUCCUUCAUCCUGGACAGUCUACCAGCAGUCCGUAAGGACUAAUAACGACGUAGAAGGGUGGCAUCACAGGGUCAACGGAAAAGCUGGGCAUCGUAGUUGUACUUUCUACAAGUUAGUUCCACUACUUCUCCAGGAGGCCAAGUUGGUGGAAACCCGAGUGUCCAGUGACAACCUGUUGAGGAAUGUUCGCCAUUCCUCCAACGCCACCCAGAAGAAACUGGACACGGCCUGGGAGCAGUAUGAUGCUGGGGACAUCUCUACAGGACACUUUCUCCGUCUUUGUGGCUCGUUGUACGCCCCAUGUGAGUGACAGUAGUGUGUUUCAUUCCUGUGUUUCCGGAUUCCAUUGGACUUCACCCACGUCUGCAGACUAGUGCUUGGACAUGGUGUUUCUUCUGUGUUUUUUUUGUGAACUUCAUUGACUAGUGCUUUCUUUUUAUAUGUAUAAUUUAUUGUAUGUUGAUGUGGUUUCUUUCAUAUGAGUAUUUAUUGUAUGCUGAUGUGUAUGUAUUUAUUGUAUGCUGGUGUGCAUGCUGAUGUGCUUUCUUUCAUAUGUAUUUAUUGUAUGUUGAUGUGGUUGUCUAUAUUUUAUAUGUUAAUAUUGAUAAAUACCAAAUAAAUUUAUGAAAGUAAACAUAUGCCUUCUUCUUUUUACCAUAAGUCAU